AAUCGUAUUCUCCUAAAUUAACUUCUUGGCAAUCUCAUACCCUAGUUUACUCUAUUGCUUCUGAGUUUAAUUUCAAUCCCGUUUUGUUUCUUCACUUCCUCUCAGAUCAAAUAUCGACCCAAUUUCAAUUCCAAUUUUACAAAACCGUUUUUUUUUUUUAACUAUGAAGUUUCGUUACGCCAUGGUUUGUUCUUCAAACCAGAACAGAAGCAUGGAAGCACACUCACUAUUCAAGAGACAAGGUUUUGAUGUGUCUUCUUAUGGAACUGGUGCGCACGUUAAGCUUCCUGGUCCUUCCCUCAGAGAACCAAAUGUCUACGAAUUUGGAACUCCUUAUAAGCAUAUGCUUGAUGAGCUUCGCAGAAAAGACCCUGAACUCUACAAGCGAAAUGGAAUCCUGCCGAUGCUUAAAAGAAAUUCAGGUGUGAAAUUGGCGCCUCAAAGAUGGCAAGAAAAUGCGGCUGAUGGCACAUUUGAUGUGGUAAUCACAUUUGAAGAAAAAGUUUUUGAUAUGGUUAUUGAAGAUCUCCAUAAUAGAGAUCACGUUUUAUUGAAAACGGUGUUGGUAGUCAACUUGGAGGUGAAGGAUAACCACGAGGAAGCCGCUAUAGGCGCAAGGCUUACUUUAGAUCUUUGUCAAGAGAUUGAAGCUGUUGAAUCAUGGGAGGAGUCAAUUGAUGAUAUUAUUGUUGGUUUUGAAAAACAACAUAGGAGGAAACUUCUUUAUAGCAUCUCCUUCUACUAAAAUAAUUACAUUUUUUUCCUAUGAAAUUUUUGUUUAACAUUUUGUAUAAGAUUGAUGUAAGUACAAAUUGAUGUAAUAUUGUUGUGCAUUGAAAUUUAGAAGGCUUAAACUACAAAA